UAUGUCGAAUAAGGGAAAUAGUCAGUUGUCCUUCAUCAGCAGAACCAAACACGCCAAGUCCAAUAAUGAAACAUCUUCUCAUCAUUUCUGUCCUUGUCGCUAUCGGGGCAGGAGCGCCCCGAGAUCUUUCCGAGCGCAUUGCGGGCGGAAGCCUAGCGACCGAAGGAGAGUUUCCGUACAUCGCUUCCGUUCAACUUGAACGUCGUCACUAUUGCAGUGGUAUGAUCUACAAUGACCGAUGGAUUUUGACGGCAGCUUCUUGUGUUUCUGGGUUUCUACCGAGUCAGCUACAAGUCGUUGUUGGCAUUAUAAGCUUUAUAUCGCCGUCUGCUCAACAGCAAACUAUUGCAGUGUCUUCAGUUGUCACCCACCCUCAAUACGACAAUGUCACAAAAUUGAACGACAUCGCACUGAUAUCCCUGAACCGCCCAAUACUUUUUGGCUCUGCUGUUCAAGAGAUCCGAUACGACGAGGUUGACGAAGCAAUUCCUACGGCUAUUACAAUGGGAUGGGGCGCAUCAAUGGAGGGUGGUGUAGAGGUGACGAAACUUCGUAAAACAGUUCUGACAUUACCCCUAGAUUGUUCAAGUUACGGUGCGACAGAAUUCAACUUUAACUACAUGAUUUGUGCUGGCAGUGAUGUUUCGAGCCCAUGUCACUACGACGAAGGAUCUCCGUUAGUGCAAAAUGGUCUUGCGGUCGGAAUAAUGUCUAAGAACAAGGGAUGUACAGCUCCUUACAUCCCAAGUAUUUUCACUCGGUUGUCUGUAUAUUAUUACUGGAUAAAUGCUGUCGGAGGCCAGCAAGCACUUACAACACCUUCUACUCCUGCAACAACUGUUACAUUAUCUACAGUGCCAACCGCCCCGUGUAUCAAUUGCGAGACUCCAACCCCCACUACGACUAUUGUAACAACAAUUCCAACAGCUCCGACAGCCCCUUGUAUCAAUUGUGAGACGCCAGCCCCCACUACGACUAUUGUAACAACAGUUCCAACAGCUCCGACAGCCCCUUGUAUCAAUUGUGAGACGCUAGCCCCCACUACGACUAUUGUGACAACAGUUCCAACAGCUCCGACAGCACCUUGCAUCAAUUGUGAGACCACCCCUACUACUACUAUUAAGACAACAAUUACUGCUCCGACAGCUCCUUGUUUAAAUUGUGAGGCCCCAACAAGCACCACUCCUAAGCCAAUUAUUCCGACAGCUCCCUGCUUUAAUUGCGUUCCCUAGUAUUUUCGGAAGGGCAUUCGUUUUUUAAGGCUUAAAAAUAUAUGUAGACUAAAACCCACAUUGAUGCCAAUAUUAAUUCUAGCAAAACUGGGGACCAUAAAAGGUUUUUAGAUUAGUAAAACAUUAUUGCAAAUUGGAAAUAUAAGUUAACCUUUAUUAUACUCUGAUACUGAUUAGGUAUUAACGGUAAAAUACACUACCUGCAGCAAGUAUUAAGAAAAAAUACUCAAUUUAUAAAAUGGAUUCAGUAUGGCAGAAAUAAAAUGU